CCACAAUGUGGAGCUUCUUCACUCACAAUAAUGAGCUCUCUUCAUUCAAUGAUGUGAGCCUCUCUGCCAAAUAAACAAAAAACAAAAAAUAAAAGGCCAAAGGAGCAACCAAAAUCUACAGAGAUAGCUUCUCGUUCUCUUCCGACAUUCUCAAUCACAGUUACAUAAGAAGAAACGCCCACACUUCAGAAAGGCUGUAAGGAAAAUCAAGAAAUCUCCCAUGGGAGGCUCCACAAGCAGGCAAGAGAGAAGAAGAAUGAUACCCACAAGAGCAGAGAAUGGUGAGAGAGAGGUGAUGAUGGCUUUGGCGAUGAAGGAGGCGGAAACAGAGUGGAGGAGGGAGAGGAAGAGGCUGAAGGAGGAGGUGAAAAGGCUGAGGAAGAAGGUGGAGGAGACGGAAGAGGCGAAGGGCAAGCAAAGCGAGUGGGAGUGGGUGGUCGAGCAGAUGUGUGUGGAGAGACCGGUGAGGGAUGAAGCCGUGGAAAGGUGGAAGAAGCUCUACUUAGCUAUCAAGAACGAGCUUGAUGAUCUCAUUCAGAGAACUUAUGGAGAAGGGUUGCAACAGAGACCCGAGGAAGAUGGAGUAAAGGCAAUAGAAGAACUCAGACAGGAACUUAAGGUAAGGGAAGAAACCAUUGAGAAGCUCAAAGAGCGGAUAACUUUAAUGGAGAAGCAACAACAUGGAAAAGAGAGAGAAAUUGACAUACUGAGACAGAGUUUCCGAAUCAUCAGCAGUGACAGCACAAAGAAGAAGACGAAGAAGAAAAAAGUGUCGUCUACAUCUACAAGAAACCUGAAAAUAAUCAAAAACACAUGCGUAGACAGUAAAUAACAUAUUAGUCAUCUCAGAUUCCUCUUAACGCAGUACAAGAAACAAGCUAAGGACAUUGUAAUACGUGUCAUUCCUAUUCCAGGGAUAUAUAUAUAUAUAGAGUCACAUGUGAAAUAUUAUAGUAUUAAGAGAA